AUGGCCACCAAUGGCGCAUCGGAGGAGAUGGAUCUCUAUGUCAUAUUAGGAAUAAGCAAAGAUGCCACAAAAUCCGAGAUCAAAAAAGCCUACCACAAGGCCGCAUUACAACAUCAUCCCGACAAGGUAGCAGAAGAUCAAAGAGAGGACGCAGAUGAGAAAUUCAAGACAGUGAGCCAAGCAUACGAAAUUCUUUUCGAUGAGGAGAAGAGGGAGAUGUACGAUGUUCACGGCAUGGCUGCAUUUGAUGGAAGUCGACCUGGUAUGGGAGCAGGCGGAGUUGACUUGGAUGAUAUCCUGUCGCAGAUGUUUGGUAUGGGUGGAGGUAUGGGAGGUAUGCCGCCUGGAUUCGGGGGACCAGGAGGACCCGGAGGGCCAAGAAAACCACGAAGGGGAGCCGACGAGGAGCAACCAUACGAAGUCACUCUCGAGGAGCUCUAUAAGGGAAAGACGGUCAAGUUCACGAGCAAGAAGAACGUAAUUUGCAGCCAUUGCAAAGGUACUGGAGGAAAGGAAAAGGCCAAGCCAGAAACUUGCAGCAGAUGUAAGGGUAACGGUGUCACCGUUGGUCUCAGGAGCGUUGGCCCAGGACUUGUCACUCAAGAAAGAGUUGUGUGCGAUACCUGCUCGGGAGUCGGUACAAUUUUCAAGGAGAAGGACAAGUGCAAGAAGUGCAAAGGAAAACGUACAACCAAAGAACAAAAGUCCUUGGAGUUAUAUAUACCCAGAGGCGCAAGAGACGGCGAGCGAAUUGUCCUAGAGGGUGAGGCUGAUCAGGUACCCGAUCAGACACCCGGCGACAUCGUCUUCACUCUUGACGAAAAAGAUCACGAGAUAUUCCAGCGGGCUGGCGACGAUCUUUCCGCGGAACUCAACAUUACAUUAGCCGAAGCCCUCACAGGGUUCUCAAGAGUGGUUGUGAAACAUUUAGAUGGGCGUGGUAUCUUAUUAAAUCUCCCCCAAGGAAAAGUACUGGAGCCCGGACAACUUUUGAAGGUCGAGGGUGAAGGUAUGCCCUUGAAGAGGAGCGAUGCCAAGGGUGAUUUGUACUUGAUUGUCAAAAUCGAGUUUCCUAAAAACGGUUGGACAGAAGACGCGGCUGCGUUCUCUACUCUGCAGGAGGUCUUACCUAAACCUGAGCCACCAAUCACUACCGAGGAAGUUGACGAGGUGGAAUACGAUUCUGAUGCCGAAAUUGAAGAAUUCGGUGCAAAUUCUGGCGAUCCUCGCGCAGGUGGUGAGUGGGAAGACGACGAAGGAGAUGAUGAAGGAGGUGCUCAAUGUGCUACACAAUAA